AUACCCAUUCUUAGUCAUUUGUCUGUCCUAUAGUUUUGCGUAAGUUCUCUCAUCUCAUCUCUUUAAUGAAGGGUAAAAAAAUCGGUUUGAAACAAGUUACUUGCUAAUUUGCUAGUUGGAUAAAUAUACUUUGAAAGUUUAGUGAGAAUGAACUCUCUGUUCCUUAUUUUGUUGUGCACUGUCAGUUUAUUGGCUUACAAUAUCGACGUGAAAAAUGCGCAGAUUUUUACGGAUCCUAAGGAGGAAACAGUGAACGAGAGAAAGAGUUACUUUGGUUUUUCAGUGGCUCUGUAUGUGGAUUCUAAUAGUUGGGAAAAUUCUUUGAUACUUGUGGGAGCUCCGAGGGCAAAUAUCAGUUUGAUAAAGACGGUCACUGAACCUGGAAGUGUCUUCAAAUGUUCUGUUGGUGGAUCCUGUAAGGAGUGGAUUUUGGAUCCCACUGAAGAUGGAGAUAUUAAAUUCAGGAGUCGCACUACUAGUCAAUUGAGGGAUAAUGCUUGGACAGGGGCUACUAUCUCUGUUAAAAAUGGAACGAAUCCUACAGUUGUGGUUUGUGCUCCUCGUUGGAAAAUGAGAUUAGGCCAAAAGGGAAGAAUACCCUUGUGGUACAUGAAUGGUCUUUGCUACAGAUCUAGGGCGAAUGAUUCACUUUUUUUCGAACGUCCAAUCAACGGAAUAUCAAAAAGCAAAAUUGCACCAUUUUCCUUUCCGUCGGCAGACUUCCAGAUAAAGAGGAUGGAUGGAAGCAAUUAUUAUUAUUUUGGAAUGAGUCAAGCAGGUUUUUCAAUGCACAUGGUUCCAAAUAAAGAGGAUUUGGUGUUAGGAAGUCCUGGUGUAUUAAACUGGAAAGGAACACCUCUUUUAGUUGAAGUUGAAGAAAGAGCCCCUUUAAGGGAAGAAUCAAUUUACAAUAAAAUAGGGAGUUUUUAUGUUUCAUAUGUUCAUCUUUACGAUACUAUUGACGCUAUAGAAGAAAAUCCUUCAAUAAAAUAUAGCGAAUAUUUUGGAUACUCCGUAAGUUCUGGAUGUUAUUUUCGGAAAGGAGAACGUUGGUUUUCUUCUGGAUUACCAAGGGGCGACAAUUUAAAUGGACGAGUUUUAAUUUUUUCACAUCCAAACAAAACCCUUAAUACUAAAUUUACAAUAAAAAAUACUUUAAAUGGAGAGCAGCACGGGGAAUAUUUUGGAUCUGCUUUGGCAUCUUGCGAUUUAAAUAAUGAUGGCAAAGAUGAUUUGGUUGUUGCUGCUCCAUUAUGGACAAAUGUGAUGGAAGAAGGACGAGUUUAUGUAUUUAGCAAGAAAGGUGACGAUGACUAUCUUGAAGCACAAUAUAUUCAUGGAGAAGCUGUGAAAGGAAGAUUUGGAUCAGCAAUAUCUUGUAUCGGAGAUAUUGAUUACGAUGAUUAUGGCGAUAUCGCAAUUGGAGCCCCUUAUGAAAAUAAUCAUGGUGCUAUAUACAUUUACAGAGGAAGUAAAGACGGUUUACAGCAAAGUCAAAAAAUAUUAGGCUCUGAAUUUUCUCCCUCGAUUCAGGGAUUUGGAAUUUCAAUCUCAGAAGCUCGUGAUAUCGAUGGAAAUGAAUAUCCUGAUAUUGCAGUCGGAGCUUAUUUAUCUGAUAAAGUGGUUCUUUUACGCUCUAAACCUGUUGUUACUUUAAGAGUAUCAAGAAUUACUCCCGUAGCUGCUUCGACAUUACAAAGAAAUUCCACAUUUUUUAUUGUCGAAGCUUGUUUUUAUUAUAUUGGCAUACACGUACCCGAAAGUCUAAACGUGACGUUACUUUUAAAGAUUGAUGAAAUUUUUGGAAGAGCUAGAUUAUCAGAGGAAGCAAAUAAUGCAACAAUUUACGAACUUCCAAGAACUUUGAGCAAGAGCAUCGAGUUGUGUGAAAACUUCAAAAUAUAUCUCAAUGAUAAGAUACAGAACUUUAUAGAUCCAAUCGAAAUAGCAGUAUCUCUAAUUUUUUAUUCAAAUAAUGAAACAAUUACGAAUAACCAAUUUUGCAAAACUUGCCCUAUCAUAAACAAAGAAAAUUCUAAAACUGAAGAUGCGAUUCCAUUGAUGUUUGCUGUUGAUUGUGGAUCUGAUGACAUCUGCAAUUCAAAAUUAGAUAUUUCGAUGUCGAGCAAUUUGCAAAAUAAUAGUUUUGUUCUUGGAUCUCGAAAUACUUUUUCCAUAUUUUUGAAUAUUUCGAAUGAAGGUGAACAUGCUUAUCAAACCCAAGUUCGAAUUUUAAUUUCAGAACCAUUAGUUUUAGCAAGUAUUCCACCAGAAUGUAGCGAAAAUUCGAUGGAAAUGAAUGGAAUUGAAAGAGCAAUUGAAGUGACUUGUGAUGUUGGAAAUCCUCUAGAAAGCAGCAAAACAAUAAAAUUAGAACUGGCCACGAGUGGAUUAAAAUGCGACAGUAAUUAUACAGAACUCAAAGCUGAACUUUCGACUCAAAGUUUAAACUCCAACCAGAAUAAAAUUUACAAAAUGCCAAUUCAUUUUGCCGUCGACUUGGAUGUACUAUUAUCAGGGAAAACUUCAGAAGAUUUGUAUUCCUAUUCGAGAGAGGAAAAAAGUCCAAAGCACCGAAUUUUCGAGCACCUUUACGAAAUUCAACAAUUCGGUUCUUGUGCAGUAGAAGAAGUCAUAGUCACCUUAAAAAUUCCUACUGUCCUGCAAGAGAAAGAAAAUAAUAUUGAAAUCGCUAAAAUCAUUCAGAUUGUCGGAUUCAUAAAUAAUCAGGAGAUUCUUUGCUUCGAUUCAAAUAAAGAAAGGUUCAUUCCGCUCAAGGAAGAAAGCAAUUCAGUACUAAAUGGUGAUUUCGAAAAAUCAAAACCAAUCGCAGUUUUCGAAACGAUUAAUGUGACAGAAAACCCUUUAAAAUAUGUUCCACCUGAAAAUAGAAGUUUAUACAUUAAUUGUUCAAAUCCAAUCAUUAAUUGUAUAAAAGUAAAUUGCAUGUUAGAUGGACUUUUCAAUUCAUCGAAUACAAAAAUUCUUCUGAAAAUGGAAUUACAAUCAUCGACUUUUCAAUCGACCGAGAUGGAGGGAAAAGAUAUUUUAUUUUUUGUUACGGAAGGUACAAUGAUUAUCACAAAAUCCGAGGGAUUUGCUAAUACAAUCGAAACAAAAAGCAAUACAACCUAUGUGGGAACGACAUUUUUGGGAUCGCCUAUUGAAGAAAAAAUUGCCCUUUGGAUUUUGGUAUCAUCAAUUCUUUUAGGAAUUCUUUUACUCAUUUUACUAAUUUUAAUAUUGACAAAAUUAGGUUUCUUCACCAGAAAUCGAAGGAAACAACUCCGUGCUUUGAAAGCCGAUUCAAAACUUAUAUUCCUUCCACAGAAAAAAAGACGACCAAUGGCAGAAGCCUCUUCAUCGAGAAUAGCCCUAGACCAAGAUUACUAAUUAAAAAAAGGUUCAUUCACAUAAAUUAAUUUAUUUGAUCGCUUUGGAAGCAAUUAUGCAUACAACUGUGUAGUAUUAGCCGUACAUCGAGACUUGAAAGAGGGCCUAAAAAAUCAGCGUCUCAAGAUAAAAAAUAAGAUUCUCAACAAUUAGAUAAAUUGUCUAAAACUAUUUUACUCGAUGCUCCUGUUUCCACUAAUCUUAAAAAUACCGCAUAGCAAAAAAUAGCCUUGGAUGUCUUGAUAGAUCAAAAAUUAUCCUCAACGAGUUCAAUAAAAUUUAUCUUA